AUGCGACGUGAUUUCACUUGGACAUUCACCGUGGCCAACGUGAAGAUACCCAUCCUCAGCGCGGAUUUCCUGGCGCAUUACGCACUGGCGGUCCAUAUGAACCCUAGGCCCCUAUCUGACACGACUACGAAUCUCCGUGUCUUAGCAACCGAUGAAUUCGUACAUCCUCAACACUUGCGGGAUUGCGAAUUUGUUUUCGUACGGAACGACGCCGUGAGACGACCACUCACGCCGGCAUACCAAGGUCCUUUUCAGGUUCUUCGGCGCACCGACAAGCACCUGACAACCAAGCGCGCCAACUCGACCGACACCGAGGAACGUACACCGCUGGACACCGUCUCUUUAAAUCGCAUACCGUUACUUUAUAAUUGCAUCCGUCAUUGUAGCAACAACUGCGUGCCUAAAAAGAGAUAUUUUGGCUACCCCAGCACUGUCUACACCGAUCCUCUCUCUUCAAAAACGCCGACGCCCUUCUUUACAAAGGGUGAACAUCCGGGGAUCGACUGGACCUCGAAUACCGCUGUUCCAUCUGCCUGCCUCCGAGCCGCCGCCUUGAACCCUGACAACGAUCCUUCGACUGGAACUCCCUGA